AUGGCAUCAUCCACACCGAAACGAAUCAUCUUCACCGGCGGUUCUGGCAAGGCGGGUCGCCACUGUAUCCCUUAUCUUUUGGAUCAGGGACAUCAAGUCCUCAAUCUCGACCUGAUCGACUUCCCAAAGGACCACGUACCACCGGGAAAAUCCGUCUACACCCUCAAGACCGACUUGACCGAUGGAGCACAGACCUUCAAUGCCCUGUCGUCCCUCUUCUCCAUGGACGAGUAUGCACUGCCCAAACAUCCAGGUCCUCCAGACGCAGUCAUCCAUUUUGCCGCCUAUGCUCGCAACAUGAUUGUGCCUGACAGCGAAACGUUCCGAGCCAAUGUCAUGAGCACGUACAAUGUAAUCGAGUCUGCGUGCAAGCUGGGCGUGAAAAAGGUCAUCAUUGCCAGUAGUGAAACCACCUAUGGCGUAUGCUUCAGCCAGGGUGACGACGACUACAUCUCCUUCCCACUGGACGAAGAUGCCUAUGACCGAAAUCCCAUGGAUACAUAUGCCUGCAGCAAGCUCACCGGCGAACGCAUCGCCCGCACCUUUGCUCGCCGAUUCUCCGUCGACAUCUAUGCCCUCAUUAUCGGCAACGUCAUUGAGCCCCACGAAUACUCCCGCGACUUUCCCAGACACGUGGGCCAACCUGAAACCCGCAAGCGUAAUGCAUGGAGUUACAUCGACGCCCGCGAUCUGGGUCAGAUCUGCCACCUCUGUCUUCUCAAGGAUGGCUUGGGCUUUCAAGCUUUCAAUGCCACAAAUGACACCAUCACAACCUCGAUUCCAACCAAAGAGUUUCUCCGAAUUCAUUGUCCCAACACCCCGAUCACCAGAGACAUGGCCGAAUGGGAGGCGCCGUUGUCUAAUCAGAAAAUUCGUCACGUGCUGGGGUUCAAAGACGUGCAUGAUUGGAGAAAGUAUUAUCAACAUCAAGGGUGA